AUGUCUUCUAGAACCAAGAAUGAGGCUGUGCCUAGUCCAGUCUCUGACAAGAAUCAACCAAUAGUUGAAUUCCCUGCUAGAGUUAGUGAUCGCAUUCAACUCGGACAAGGGACAACUUUUUUGCCCGGAAAGAAGGAUCCAUCAGUACAAAAUCUCAUCGACCACGUCCUCGAACAUGGCUAUGUCAUUCUGCCCAAAAUAUUCACGCCUGAACAAGUAGAGUUAGCAAACUCCGAAGUGGCACGACUUGAAACAAUUGAAGCUGGACCAGCUGCACUUGCUGGUCGAAAUAGCUUCGAGGGCUUCAAGACCGGAAGAGUAUAUGCUCUCGCGGACAAAUCUAGAGCUUUUGACCGGUUUCCGAUACAUCCCACUGUUUUGGCGUUGAAUGACUACUUCCUUCAACCGAAUUAUUUGAUUAACAGUCUUCAUACUGUGGUAAUUUAUCCUGGUCAGACUGCACAAUCUAUACAUUGUGAUGAUGGGUUGAUCGCACUGCCAAGACCAAGGCCACUUAUAGGUGUUGGUACCAUGGUAUCGUUCGACGAUUUUACUGCCGAAAACGGUGCGACUUCUGUCAUUCCCGGAUCGCAUCUAUGGUCGGACGAUCGCAUACCAACACGAGAAGAAAUGAUUCCGGUCAUAAUGCCAGCAGGCAGCAUGGUUUACUUUCUUAAUACCCUUUGGCAUUCUGGUGGCGCGAAUACUUCAGAUAAACCAAGACGCAGCAUCACUGUUCAGUAUUGUCAACCUUGGAUAAGAACAUAUGAGAAUAUGACAAUUGCAAUGGGUUGGGAUGAUUUGGAUAAGGUUCCAGAGAGACUACUGAGACUGAUGGGAUUCUCUACUCAUGAUUUCAUGGGCUAUGUAGAUGGACGUUCACCGCGAGCUGGUGUGGAAAUGCGAAAGAAGAGAAUGAUUGAGCGGGCUUUCAAAGAAAGAGAUGAACAACGUAGUUCGAAACUCUAG